AUGGGCCAGAAGGACGUCCUGGAUACGGCCGAGGUCAAGACCGUAAAGCGUGUCCGCCUGCUGCAAAUACUGCUACUAUGUCUGAUCGUCACCGUCGAUGUUGUCGUUGUCGUUGGUUUUAUGAAAGUCGAGGAAAUUGCACCGGGCGCGAGCUGCACCAAAUGUCGCGAAGCCACGAUUGCUCUGGAAGCGCGGGUGCAGGCUCUUGGGCCGUGCAACGGAAUGAAGACGGAAGACGAACUGAGGGGUUCUUAA